CUCUAUUUCAAAUAAAACUUGAAUAAAUAAAUAAAUACAAAUAAAUACAUCACUUUUCGUAAGAGUGAGAAAACGGUUUUACUUUAACAGUGCUAAAUCCCUUCAUUUUUUUUCUUUUUGACUAUACAAUAGAUGCAGAGACAUAAAUCCGCUGUUACCCUGAGAGACACGUUCCUACUUCUCUGCACUUCAUUCGUCAUUGCUCACGCGCGGGGGUCUACAAACAUGGCCGAUGAAGUGUUGCAUACGGAGGAUAAUCAUUGCCAGCCGAUUCUUGUCAAUGGUAAAUUGAUGCCUAUAGUGCCAGAAUACAUGCCCUCGUUUCCCGUCGCCUUGAAGGGUAUUAAACACCAUUUCGUUUGCAAGUUAGCUGAAUCAACUACUACACAACAUGCCACAACGAAGUACACAACGGAAUCCACCACGUCACAUCCUACCACUACUACUCAAUCAACUUCUACACAAGACACAACAGCGAUGUCUUCGACGGAAGCCACCACCACACACCCUACUACAACGCCUCAAUCAACUACAACACAAGAUACCACAACGAUGUCUACGACGGAAUCCACCACCUCACACCCUACAACAACUACUCAAACAACUACUACACAAGACACCACAUCGAUGUCUACGACGGACUCAACUACCUCACGUCCUACCACAACUACUCAAUCGACUGCAAAGAUCUUUGUGAUAGACCUAGAAACCGAGUACAAGAUCUUUGUUGCAGAUCUACAAGAUGACCUAAACUUCACUUCCAUUCCAUCCACUAAAGAACCGCGUCAUAUUACCUAUGACUCCGUGGAGAAGAAGAUCUACUGGAAUAACUUUGAUGAACAACGAGUUUAUCGUGCUGAUGCGGAUGGUGGAAACAGAGAGGAAGUCACUUCUGAAAGCGAUAAAGUGAUCCGAGGAAUUGCGAUAGCUGAAUCAUCACGCAUUCUGUACAUCGCCUACAGAGAGUCACAGGAAAUAACAACUGUGGAUAUUGGACAAGGAAGCGCGUUUCCAGGGAGUGAGACAAACUUUGUAACCACGUAUAACGAUUUCCCUAGGAUUUUGGAGGUGGAUGAGGAACAGGGAUUCUUGUAUUGGUCAAUGAAAAACCAUAUCCAGCGCAAAUCUCUCAAUGGAUCUGGAAGCACGGAGACCGUGUACAAUAACGACAAUCUAUUCGCAAUCACCGGAUUAAGCAUUGAUCUCAGCCGAAAUCCACGACGCAUAUUUUUCUGUGACUUUGCGAAGCAAAGAACCUUCUACAAGGACGUAAACCAAACUCUCACAAUGGCUCACGAGCUCACAGACUACAUGAAUGACCCUGACAUCAAUAACGAUGAAGAGCGAACAUACCGAUAUUUAAGGUACUUCAAUGGCUCCCUCUACUGGACGAAGGAAGGCAGUCACAAAGGCAUCGCUGUAAUGACUAACUACGAUCAAAGCAGCCGAUCAUUCAACAUCAAAGAAACCAAUGAGAUUAGCACACCCUUACGAUUUAUCAUUACUAUUGUAGAUCCAUGAUCGAUAUUUGAUAGAACAGAGCCCGGGGUAUAUUGUUUAUUUGAUUUAGCGCAGUCAACAAUUUCAUGUCAGAUAUGACAUGGGAAAUCGCCGAAAAAAACGCCUGUUUUUUGUUUUUAUGGAGAUUUAAUUAUUUUGGGAGUGAGUUUAUUUAAUGUAAAUGAAUGACAACAAAGGUCAUAUGCGUAUUCACUGAACUCUGUGUUGACAGAUACAGAAAUAUGAAGCGCGUAACACUUCAUCAUUACGUAAUCGUAAAAAUAAAAACACUGCCGAAUUUUGUCCACGUCAUAUCUGAACGAGGCUUUAAGAGACAAAAUCUCCCACUCUCCACCACUUUGGAUAUACCGGCCCAGCCCCGAUGAAGCUACAAUUAUGUCAAAGUGUACUCAUCUUAAAGGGAGAAUGCUUGAAAGUCUCAUAUCGACUUUAAUAUUGUAGCAUAUUUUCUAGAAUGUAGGCUAGUGCUGAAGUUAUCGGGGUUGUUUUAGAGGAACGAUCAAAAGUUCUUUCUUGUUCAUGCUAUAUGUCUUGCUGAGGUGUUGCUUUUAAUUGAUAUGCUCCUUUUAUAAUUAUUCUGUUUUGCUUUUCAAAACGAAAUUAAUGGAACCAUGUAAACCAAGAGAUAUGAACCGUAAUUUUCAGACAUUGCUAGUAACAAGUCUGUAUGCAUUGUAUAAACUCCUUGAAGUGAUAGGUUAUUAUGAAUUGAAUUGAAUUGGUUUGGUUUAUUAAGAAAUCACAUCAAACAAGCAGCUCGCAGGCUGAAAAUGUUCUAUUCACAAACAA